GCCUCAUAUAGCGGCGGGCGGCCGGGCCUGCGCUCCGCGUCCGCGCCCAGAAUGCUCGCCGGGGCGCCGGCCGCCCGCGGGCUCCUGCGGCUGCUGCUGCCGCUCCUGCCGCUGCCGCAGGUGACGCCGGGCUCCUCGGCCGGCAGCUGCGACCCCUCGGACCAGUGCCCGCCCCCCGCCCGCUGGAGCAGCCUGUGGCACGUGGGGCUCGUCCUGCUCGCCGUCCUGCUGCUGCUGCUGUGUGGGGUCACGGCCAGCUGCGUGCGCUUCUGCUGCCUCCGCAAGCGGGCCCACGCCCAGCCCCUGCCCACGGCUCCUCAGCCCUGCGACCUGACGCUCUUCCCUGGGGACAGCGACAGCCCCGCGCACAGCACUGUGACCUCCUACAGCUCCGUGCAGUACCCGCUGGGCAUACGGCUGCCCCUGCCCUUCCCGGAGCUGGACCUGGACGCCAUGACCCCUCCCGCCUACAGCCCCAUCUACACCCUGGAGCUGCCUCCCUCCUACGACGAGGCUGUCAGGAUGGCCAAACCCGGACAGGAAGAGCCACCUCCUCCGUAGCCUCGCCCCCUCCCCGGGGCCUCAGGCCCGGGGACCCCCGAAGAGCGGGGAGCUGAGCCUCCAAGACCAGCCGCCGCCCCCCCCCCUGCUGUAACCCUGGUGUCUCCCCAAGGGGGUGGGGAAGGUCUCCCGAUGCCACCAGCCACACUGUGCUCCCAGGAGACCCCCAGCCACCCUCCCCAUCCUUCCCCCGGGAAGGCCAGACGUCCAGCACAUUGCUGCAGCCCUGGCCUCGUUGCUAUGCAACGCCAGGCAGACACACACACACAGGUUGCUACAUCCAGCCCCAGCCCCUGGCCCAGGCCCAGGCCCAGCAGGCCCUCUGCCCAGAGGAAGUCCCACAGUUCUGAGCCUCCACAGUGUUUUGGAGAAUAAAGUUUGUAUCUGA